AGCGCGUCGCUCCGGCAGGCAGUCGUGCGCCACGCUUGCAGCGGGACACUCGACAAACCCUUAAGAGAGAGAGAUAGAGAGAGGAUAAGGAUCCUGAACCGAGUUUCAGCACCCCCUUUUCCUAUUCGUACCGGUAACCGCGAGCCGUGUGUACAAAACCAACCCCCUCGGAUAAUUCAAACUAGACUAAACAUACACCCAGACCACCCACGAACAAGACCGCGACUUAUACCAACGGUGAUCCUAUCUCUGGUUCAAAUUUAGUGAAAACUGGGACAAGGAGGACACGGAUCGGAGUGGAGGGAAAAGGACGUUUCCCAGUGCUUUGCUUUAAAGCGGAUUACCAAUAGAAUAUCUGGUUUGUUUCCGCGCGGAGGUGAUUUCAAUUACGCAGUUCUCUUUUUAUAUUAUCGUGUCCUUGCUUAGAAAAAAAGAUAAAAUCCGCACAUAUAAAGUGGGUGAUUAAGGGUAUGAUUUAAUCGCGUCCUUUUAUCGUCCCUUUCGCUUUGUUUCGGUCGUGAAGAAGCGGACGAAAUGAACGCGCGGCAUCUUAUUAGGACGGCAUAAACAUUCAUUUCGCGUCGCGUGGAAAGACGAUACCGCGUAAGUCCUUGUUUCGUCCUUCGUACUUCGGCUGCAAAUUUUUUGCGUUUCGUUUCGCCGGGAUGAGGAGACGCGGGGUCGGGGCGGUUGCGGCGGCGGCUGCCUCCGAGGCAAGCAGCAAAAGGACGAAUUCACCCUCGUCCUGGCCCAUUUAUAGCCUCGUCAGCACGGUUGCCGUGGCCUCCUACCUGAAUGGCCUUAACGGUGACUUUGUGCACGAUGACAUUCCCGCCGUUACUAUGAACAAGGAUGUUUUGGCCAUCAACCCCAUCAGCCACGUCUUCAAGAAUGACUUCUGGGGAACGCCCAUGGCAGACGUUGCUAGCCACAAGUCUUAUCGUCCCUUAACCGUUCUUACAUUCAGGGCUAAUUACUUGUGCUUCGGGAUGGAACCUCUAGGAUUCCACAUGACGAACGUGCUGCUACACGCCAUAUCCUGUCUACUGUUCACACGUGUCUGCCUCAGCGUUGCAAAUCUGAAGCCGCCUUUUGCAACCCUCGCAGGACUACUCUUCGCCAUUCACCCCAUACACACGGAAGCGGUGACAGGCAUUGUGGGCCGAGCUGACGUCUUGGCUUCUGUGUUCUUCCUCAUUUCGCUGCUGGCAUAUCACGGGAUGGACGGACAGAAGCACGGACUGUGGAUCAGCGUGGUUUUUGGAGGUCUCAGUAUGUUAGCUAAGGAGACUGGUAUUACUGUUUUUGUUCUGAAUUUGGCUUAUGAUAUUUAUAAGAGUUGGCCUUCCUUGAAAAAGACAAUGUUCGAGGUGAGAUGGUCGAAGGAGACUCAACAGUUUGCCAAUCGCGCAGCGAAGGUUCUCACAUCGCUCGGCCUGUUGCUGGCCGUUCGUUUAGCCCUUCUGCAAGGAUCUCUGCCCAAAUUCUCGCAGCAGGAUAAUCCUGCAGCUUUCCACCCAUCAUUAUCCGUCAGGAUUUUGACGUUCUGCUAUUUGGCUGCCUUCAACUGGUGGUUGCUCCUCUGCCCCGCCACCCUCAGCCACGACUGGCAGAUGGGAUCAGUACCUUUAGUCACCUCCAUCUGGGACACCAGGAAUCUGGUCACCUGUCUCUUCUUCGCCAUAGCCCUGGCGUUGGCCAUCAAAAGCUUGAUGGACUACGAGAACCCGAAGAACGUUCCCGUUGUUCUUGGUCUUCUCUUGCUGGUGCUACCCUUUUUGCCUGCUACGAAUCUCCUAGUGACUGUGGGUUUCGUCGUGGCCGAACGAGUCCUUUACAUUCCGAGCAUGGGGUGUAUUUUAUUGGUGGUCUACGGCAUGAACACGAUGUGGGGUUGCUGCUCCCGCCACAGACAGACCGUAACAUGCUUCGUGAUAUUAAUGCUGACUGCGAGUUGUCUGCGAGUUGUGAUCCGUAACCGGGAUUGGAGGUCGAGGGAGUCCCUGCUGAGGGCCGGCAUCAUGACCCUGCCGCACAACGCCAAGAUGCACUACAACUUUGGUAACUUCUUGCGCGACUCAUCGCGACCCGAACUUGCCAGAACACAUUACUUUACUGCUCUCAGACUGUGGCCUACAUAUGCCAGCGCUCACAACAACUUGGGAACAUUGAUUGGAGAUGAAGAGGAAGCCGAGAAACACUUUCUGCUUGCAAUACGUUAUUCCGUGGAUCACGUGAACGCUCAUUACAACCUGGGACAAUUAUAUAGGAAAUCCAACAGAAGUGCAGACUCCGAAAGGAUGCUGAGGCGCUGUUUGAAAAUCGAACCGCACUUCACGCCUGCCUACAUCGAGUUGGCACGCUUGAAGGGAUCCAGGGAUAGGUCAGUUGGUGCCCUGUUGAGGAGGACCGUCCAGCUGAAUCCCCACAAUCCGCACUACAUAACGCUUUACGCUCAAUGGCUAUUGGAAAAAGGAAACGCAAGGUUAUCACUGAAAUAUUACUGGAGGUCGUUAUCAGUUUCACCCACUUAUUUGGAGGGCGUAAUGGGGGCCACGAGGAUCCUGCGGAAAUUCGGAGAUCACGCGAGGCUCUUCCAAUUAAUCACAAGGUACCAAUGCAUGCUGCGGCUGCGAAGAGGUCAGAUGCCACUCAGCCCACACAUCUACCUACAGGGUUGGCACCUCAAGAGCGAACUCACCAACAAAGCCAAAGCAUACGACAACUGCCAGAAUCGAUACGGCGAUAAAUGCGUGAAAACGAAAACCAACAACUUCCCCGCGGAACAACCCAAAUGGUCCGCGAAGCUGAAGCUUAACAACAAAACGAAAGUCGGAAGCGUCAGGAGUGAAGGCGUCAAUAAACAAUGCAGCAAAGCGGGAGACAGGAAAAUUAAGCAUCGACCUUCAACUCCGAUCAUGGUCCAUCACAUUCUGGAUACAGUAUAAAUUCUCGUGAUGCAAACAAAAACACCACCCACAAAUAACACAAGCGUAAAAAGCUACACAUUAACACAGAAACCAAAUUUGCCAACUCAUUAACAGUAUUCCUGAUUUUGCAUUCACGUCCUAUGGGCUCACGAAAAAAUAAUUAAAAAAUACAAAUCUAUACAUAAAUUAAUUCUACUAUAUACAUAACGUUUAUAUAUGAUACUAUAAGCAAAUUAAGAUUGAAACAGUAUUAUAAUAUUAAAGGACUCAAUUGAAGAAAACUGUAGCUUAAGUGUAACAUUAACGAGACAAAGGUUAUUUUAUUAAAAAUUCAAGGAUGUUUGGAUACACGAAUUGUGAUUACUAGUGUAAAUAAGUUAAGUUAUCGAUGAUAUUGAAAUAAAGUGCUUUUCUUUCGGUUAUCCACAGAUGGUUCUCCCUUUAAUUUUAUCAAGUGUUUAAUAGUCGGUAUACCCGGAUUGAUGUGGGAUAACAGAAGUAGUAAAUAGGUGAUAUCAGUUAUAGUUAUGUUUCCGCAUUUUGGGGCCAUUCACACAGUAUACUAAAAAAAAUAUUUACCUAACAAAAAGAAAAAAAAACACGAUUUAUUUUAUGCAAAAUUUGAGAUGUUUGUAUAUUUUGGAUUAGUUUUAAGGUAUGUUAAUCUCUGGCUUUAUUGAUUCAGAGAACCGACGAUUGUAUAAACUG